AUGCUUGAAAUGCAGAAUUUUACAGUCCAGCUGUGCUUGCAGGAGAGGGGAUUCGUGUCUUUCAUCGACGAGCGAAAGACUAUGCGCUACGCCACCAAGCGCAAAGUCAAGGAGGAAGACAGUUCCAAGCAGAAGAAAGUCAAAUUCAAAGAGAUCAACUUCGUGACGCCGACACGGAUACAGCAGGCCGCCAUUCCAGUGCUCCUGAGGGGCCGGGACGCGCUCGUAAACGCGCCGACUGGUUCCGGCAAGACGCUGGCGUAUUUGGCGGCCAUUGUGAAUGAUCUGCAGGCGCAGGAGCCGCGCGUGAGCCGGGCGGAGGGAACGCAUGCGCUCAUCGUGGUGCCCACGCGCGAGCUCUGCCUCCAGAUCGCCGACGUGCUCACCCUCAUCCUCCGCCGCUACAUCUGGCUGGUGGGCGGGGCGAUAUAUGGCGGGGAGAACCGGGCAAAGGAGAAGGCGCGGCUGCGCAAGGGUGUGACGGUGCUGGUGGCCACCCCGGGGCGGCUGCUGGACCACCUGCAGAACACGCAGUCCUUCCGCACCGAGGAGCUGCGCUGGCUCGUCCUCGACGAGGCCGACCGCCUGCUCGACCUCGGCUUCGAGCAGAAGAUUGGCAAAGCUCCUUGCGAUGGUGCAGGUGACAUACUCGCCAUCACUGACAAGCGCACAGCAGAGGCCGGCAACAGGCGGCGGCAGACGGUGCUGCUGUCAGCCACCCUCCACUCGAAGCUGGACAGCCUGGCAUCUCUCAGCCUGCAGAACCCCGCCGCAAUUGGCUUUCAAGUACAGGCGGUGGAGGGACACCUGCACAUCACAUCUGCUGAAGGGCAAGAUGACGGAGGCAACGCCGCGGCAUCCAGCGCCCACACAGCUGACAGAGAACAGUUCCACAUCCCCACACUCCUGAAGCAGCGGGUUGUAGAGGUGCCGAGCAAGAUGCGGCUGGUGGUGCUGGCGGCGCUGCUGCGCCAGAUCUGCGCAGCGCAGCGCGCGGCCAAGGUGGUGCUCUUCAUGUCCAGCUGCGACGCGGUUGAGUUUGUGCACCAGAUGUUCUCCGAGGUCUUCGAGCUCGUGGACGGCGAGCCGCUGCUGCCCACCACCAUCUUCAAGCUGCAUGGCAAUCUGGCCCAGGGGGUGCGCACUCACACGUUCCUGGAGUUCUCCCGGUGCAAGAGCGGCGUGCUCAUCUGCACUGACGUGGCGGCGCGCGGCCUGGACUUCCCAGAGGUCACCAGCAUCAUCCAGUAUGACCCGCCCGGCGAGGCCUCAGAGUAUGUGCACCGGGUGGGCCGCACUGCGCGCAUGGGCAAGGUCGGGGAGGCGUUCCUGUUCCUGCUGCCCUGCGAGCGCGGCUACCUGGCCAAGCUGGAGGCAACCGGCGUCCGCCUGCAGCCCAUCAAUCUGCUGGCUGCGCUCGACCUGCUGCCGGGGGCCCAGGGGCAACAGGGGCGGCCAGGGCGGACGCUGGACACGCACACGGGGGCGCACGCGCUGCAGGCGCGCCUGGGGGAGGCCGUGUCGGCGGACCCGGGCCUGCGUAGCCUGGCGGCCGAUGCGUUCCGGUCGAGCGUGCGCGCGUAUGCGGCCCACCCGGCCGCCCUCAAGGACGUGUUCCAUGUCAAGCGCCUGCACCUGGGCCACGUCGCACACAGCUUUGCGCUCAGGGAAGCGCCUUCAAUGCUCGGGAAGUCCAGCAACAAGGCUGAACUGAAGAGGAAAAAGGCGGAGGAGAGAGGAGGGAAGAAGGUGCUGCCAGGAAAGCUGAGAAAGCGGAAGUAAUCCCAUGGACAAUCCUUUACAUAAAAUGGCCUGUACCUACAUGCAUGCGUUAAGUGCCUUCAACUUUGGCCCUAUGCAACUGAAAUGGAACAGUCUCAACAAUGUCAGAAGUG